AUGCUCGCAACGUACUGCCGAUUUACGACCCGUGAUGCUGCGGACGAGAACGUGACGCUGAUUUACGCUGAUCUGCGGAAGAUGCUCUCGUCGCCGCGCUUCGACCUCUACAUGACUUAUCGCUGCUCCGCCUAUUUUUUCCCUAUCUUUUGCCUGUGCCGCCUGCGCUGGUCCCCUCGUUUCGCCUUCUGCUGCGCUGGUCCCCUCGUUUUGCCUUCUACUAAGUGUUGCGGUGUUGCGGUGCCCCAACAUAUGCUCGCGCUUCCCGUGGCGGCGGCUCAUCUGGACUGGACUGGACUCGCCAGCUGGAUUCAAAAGCGCGUGGUGACGCAGCUGGACUCUCCGGCCGCCCUCUACAAGCUCGCCGCCUUCCCCGCCAAGGCUGAGGUGCUACUCAGGUUCACAGCGAGGCCGCUUCGUUGCCGGGGCUGUGCUGCAUCUGCAGCGUCGAGGCACCCAUUGGUGCACACGGCGGGUGCGCGUGACGCCAUCUACAAGGACUCUGCCACACCCGCGUGGACGGCGGGUGGAGAGCGUGUGGUGGCGCAUCCGGACUCGCCUGACGCCAUCUACAAGGACUCCGCCGUCUUCCCCGCUAAGGGAAGAGGCAGCAGCGGAGGUGCUAUGAAGAGCAGAAUGGUUAAGGGCGGAGUGGCAGCGAGUGGGUGGCAGUAUGCAGUCACGCCCCCUGCCUCACCCCGCCUCGCUCCACUGAGCCUCCGCCACUGCACCACCACCUUCCUUCCUUUACCAUGUCUUCCACGUGUCAGUGCCAGUGAAUCUCGUGGUGUUAGCACUGACUCCAAGGAGUUCGAGCUUGCGUACACCCGAGCCAAGAGAAAUAUUGAGUGUGGGAACUAUUUGUCUCGGGAAAUGUCGUUCGACUCCAGCUCAUCGCACUCCAGCUCACUGCACUCCAGCUCAUCGCGGCAUAUGGCGUCCAGCCGGGCACAGAUGGAUCAGGACGAUACCAUUUUGCUUCUGGCCGUUGUUGGAGGAGGACUGGGUGACGCUCGUGCUCGAUUACUCCAACUGACCGGUGGUAAAUCUGCACGCGGAUUGGCGUUGCGUCUACAAGGUGCUGGUCAGCUCUACUAUGAGACGAGGAGCACCAGGAGUUGCGCGUGGUGGCGGCGCGCAUCACUGUGGUCUGGCUGGCGCAGACACUCAGGUGCGGCGGGUGGAGAGAGAGUGUGGGUGGCGCAUCCGGACUCGCCUGGCGCCAUCUACAAGGACACCCCGCCGUUACCUCCACCGAGGGGACAGGCAGAAGAGAUUCAAGAUUGGACAUCUAAGGUCAAAAUUAUGAUUCCAUCAAGCUUGUGGCCUCCGCUGUCCAGCCUGGAGUGGGAACGUCGUGUGAGCGAGUGCUACUACCAUAACACGAAGACACUUAGCUAUGUUGAAGGUUAUUACUGA